GAAGACAUCGUGGACUGGGAGGCCGUACGUACGGCACCUGAUGAGUUGCUUGCGGAUCUCAUCAGAUGCAGGGGAAUGCACGUCAUGUUGGCAAGACGAAUCAAGGCUUUCCUCAAUCAGGUCCGUACGGGUCGCUCCACCAUCAGCUUGGAGUGGCUGCGUAACGCCAACGUCGAGGAAGCUACCAACUAUUUGAUGGCCGUUGAGGGGCUGGGUCGUAAGAGCGUCGCAUGCAUCGUGUUGCUGGCACUGCAUGGAAAGGAGUUCCCGGUGGACAUCAAUGUCGCACGUGUAUUUGCUCGACUGGGGUGGAUCCCAAUCGAG